AUGGAAUUUGUGUCCAAGAUAGUUAGACGGCGCACAAUAAUUAUUGUGGCCGUGUUUAUCUUCUGUUUGACAUGGCUAUUCGCUAGUAAUCCACAUCACCAAUUCAUCGUAAGUGUCAUUGUUUUUUAUCGUAAAUCAACUGUCCAACAUGUUGACGUUUCCCAGACCAAAUCAUCACAUCAUGGAGAGCCAAAAACUUCUCGUCUCCACUACCUCAUUCCCUCGAGUAUAGUCAACGACGCUGUCUGUGCUGGCAUAGUCUCGGCGCUUGUCAACCAAUAUCCCAUCCCUACGUUAAUCGGCUUCAAGGGCGAGAAUGAAUUUGACUCGGCAGACCAUCUCGCCAAACUACGUGUCAUGAAUCGUUACUUUGACAAUCUCAGUGCGCAAGAUGAUGACCUAGUUAUCAUUGUUGAUAGCUUCGAUGUGCUAGCACAAUUACCUGCAGAGGUUAUGAUCGAGCGUUACUUUGACAUUUCAAAAAAGUCUGAACAACGGCUUGCUGACCAAAGAGGACUUACCGUUGAUCAGUUGCAUGAGCUUGGGAUUCGUCAAACUAUUCUCUACGGUGCUGGGAAGAUGUGCUUUGUCGGAUCACCGAAUGAGCCCAUGUGUCCAUUGAUGCCAGCAUCAAACUCUCCCCGCUACAAAUUUAGUGCCAGGACCGGGAACGAGGACGCAAGGUUUCUAGACUCACGGUACCUCAACUCAGGUACCAUCAUGGGACCUGUGGGUGACGUAAGAAAGUUUGUCAAAGCUGUGCUCGAUCUUGUCAGGGCGGAUGACGAAAAUGUUGAUCCAGAAGACACAGACAAGGUCAGGAUUCAUCACAUGGAUCAAUGGUUCACAGCUCAACUUUAUGUGCGCCAAGAAUACCAUCGUGCUCUCGAUAUGAACGACGGAGAGUAUCCCAUGGACUUGAGCAACCUUACCUCACUACCAAGACCGAGAGAUGGACCAGAAGAUAUUACAGAGUUUCAUGUCUUUGUAGACUUUGAUUCUGCAUUUACUCAAACUCAGUGUCGCAAUGAACUCGAGAUUCAGUUCCUCAAAUACAAGAACCACGAUCUCACUGCAUCCAUCGACCGGGACUUUUUACAACAAGGUUCUUCUUUUCGGCCAUAUAGUAUUCAAAUGCCUUCAAAUCUUUAUCAAGCUUUUGGCAGAGUUUGGGAGAGGUUAUCAGCUGUCCCUGAAUUGGAAAUAUCAUUACCACAGAGGCAGUGGAUUCAGCAAACUUAUUUGGCGACUAACAUCGGGUCGGAAAGCAUCUACGCAUUUUACCACAACACAUGCAAUAAACGAUUCUUUCUUGAACGGUACAAGCACUUCUGGUUCUAUCGAUAUACUACCACGCUGCUUGAACAAGCGAGAGCGCAUAUACAAGAAGGGAAGCCUAUCCAUCCAGGAAUUAUAGAUGGGCUCAGAUUGUGGGCUCUAUUUAAGCGAGAACCAACCGCAGAAUCUUCUUCAGCUUGCCUCAUACGAGACAGACAUAAGUGUGUUGUAUCACGCAAGUUCGACGUCGAUGAAGCUAUGGAGCGUUACGAAAGACAUGGUCCAGAAGGCGCUGUUGACGACGACGGCGCUCGGUUAUUUGGUACCGGAUACAACCAAGAUCGUCUGGUAGUCACGCAUAUCCUACCACCAGUUGACAGAAUAUAUACCGGUAAUAAUGCGGUACUCGAACUUCUGGAUGAUGGCGUUACCGACAUGAUUAGGGGUGUGUCCAAUACCUUGACGCUGACCGCAAGAAAUGAGUUUUCUUUCAGCAACUUUGGCAUGUUUUUUGAGCGGGUUGGAAAGGAGGAAAAUACAUAUGUCAUCAAGACAUUUCUACCUCGUGCACUCAAUCAGCCACUCACUCGAACCCUUUUCGUUCCUCAGGAUACAAGUAUCGAUAUGCCAUCGGCCCGGUUAUUAAAUGUACAUCGUGCUAUGGCGCAGAUUCUACAUCUUUCCGGGGCAGGCGCUUACAUCGAUGAGAAGCUUGAUAUAAGUUCUAGUUACGAGGUUCCCAAGAGUUUGGCUUAA